AACUGACUUCAACUUUUCUCAGAAAAUUUUUUUAGAAGUGCUGUUUUCUGUCUUUGUCUGAAUCGGCUAAACUUUCUCGCCCGGCUCGCCUGAGCUUUGGCUUUCCAUUUUUGAUUGAGCGUUUCACUGUUGCUAUGGCUUCCUCGCAAAAGGACUGCGGAGCUUAGGGAUGUCAUCUGCAGAGCUAGUAUGGGCGUCAUGGUUUUGGAGCUGUACUGGAAGCACGCCCCCAAGACUUGUAAGAAUUUUGCAGAACUGGCCCGGCGUGGCUAUUAUAAUGGCACAAAAUUUCAUAGAAUAAUCAAAGAUUUCAUGAUUCAGGGUGGUGAUCCAACAGGAACUGGAAGAGGAGGAGCAUCCAUCUAUGGCAAGCAGUUCGAAGAUGAACUCCAUCCUGAACUGAAAUUUACAGGUGCAGGAAUCCUUGCUAUGGCUAAUGCAGGCCCGGAUACAAAUGGCAGCCAGUUCUUUAUCACGUUGGCACCGACCCAGUGGCUCGAUGGGAAGCACACUAUCUUUGGCCGCAUUAGUCAAGGGAUUGGGAUAGUUAACAGAAUGGGCAUGGUGGAAACCAACGCACAAGAUCGACCAGUGGAUGACAUAAAGAUCCUAAAGAUUUGUCCAUUGGGUUAGACCAUGAUUAAAAUAAGCACAUUGAAUUGAAUGGUAUUCCAUUGCACCUGGUUUCUUAGAAGACCAUUCUGUUGUUCCAAGAGACACUGGAUUAUUGUUCGAGUGCAAAAUAAUUCUAUCCUAAAAUGCAUGUUCAGAAUUUUUUUCAUUAAAAUUUUCAUUAUUUUUUUUUUAAAAAA